AUGACUGAACCUCCAAGUUCAAGUCUUGUCAGUCCAGAGUUACCACCUACUUCGGCUGCUGGAAGUGGGGAACCUGUUGUAUGUCCAGCUGAGUCAAGAACUCCUGCAGAGGUUCCUGAGUCACAAGAGAUGGUGCUGCAACCAGCCAGUACAGAGAUCCCAGUGCUAGUGACCAGCAUCUGGAAGGCCACAAAGCUACAGUCAUUCCAGUUGACUAAAGAGUGGAGGCUUGGAAAAUAUAUCUGCAAACUUUGGUUAGUCACUGACUACAUGAUGUCCACAGCCUCAGUGCUUAAUAUUGUUCUAAUCAGCUUCGACAGAUUUGUUUCUGUAACACAGGCAGUACAUUAUCAGUCUCUUCAAAAAAGGCACAGCGUGACGUUUAUGAAGAUGACGGCAGUCUGGGUAAUGUCUUUCCUUCUCUACAGUCCAUCCAUCUUCUUUUGGGAUAGUGCUUUUGGCAAUAUUCAUACUGAAGACGACAAGUGUUUGGCUGGAUUCUUUAACACCUGGUACUUUCACUUGGCAACAUCAGUGUUUGAUUUUUUUCUACCAUUAAUCUGUAUAUCAUUUUUUAAUGUGAGCAUCUACUGGAGCAUUACUAAACGCAGCAGGAAGAGAAGACAACAUUCUGCUCAGGAUACAUGGAGAGGAAAAACAAAAGACGUGAGGCCAUUCGUCAUAGCAUCUAAUCUGGUGCUGCCAUCUACUCAUGUAGCAGAGAUAAAGAAUAUCCCUUCCCACAUUAGAGGGAGAUAUGAGAAAUCCCUAAAGCAAGGCCCAAUGUUCUCUUCCACCUUCCAUACGGACAAUAGUACCAAUACUAUUCAUAUCAUUAAACUAUCCAGGGACAAAAAAGUAGCUAAAUCUCUAGCAAUUCUUGUUUCUGUUUUUGCUGUUUGUUGGGCUCCCUAUACUUUCCUAGUCACCAUUGACAGGGCGUGCCAAAACAACUGUGUUGCCCAAUAUUGGUAUGAUGUCACAGUCUAUAUAUUAUAUUUCAAUUCAGCAAUUAACCCUAUAUUAUAUCCAUUGUGUCAUAAAAGUUUCAGAAAAGCCUUUAGCUUACUUUUACAAAUGUGUCUCAGAAAAUGGACAGUUUAUUUAUAA